GACCAAUUGAAACUUAAACUCAAAGUAUUGAAAUUCAUCAAUCAUUAGCCAGAACUUGGCCCGAACGUUCACCAUGGCACCACUGGUUCAGAGUCACUGCUUGGCAAGCUGUCAUACAUAGGAUCCACGUAUUCAAUAGUGACACUCUGUUUGGGCUCCCGGGUAUUAGUAGAAUGCGUCACCUGCCAGCGGCAAUCGGUCUGACCCUGCUUAUCAACGGGAGUCUGCGUUUCUCAAGCAGAGUUACCCCAUCUGAGUAUCUUCUUUCGCCCGAAGUGCACGUAUUUAAGGGAACAUCGGAAGCUUACCUGCCUAUACAAUCUCUGCGCGAGUCAUGCCCCAUUCUCAUCUUACGGAGCCAUCCAAGGUGCUUGAGCAUCGAGAGGAAGACUUAAAGGGCUUCAGUGUUUACAGCACAAAGAGUCUAGAAGAGGCACCCUCUCAAGAGUCUGAGCAGGUCGUCCGCGGGGCAGGAGAUAUCACCAACUUGAUCAUAUCAGAUGAGGAUAAUCCUGAGCUCCCCGCACUGACCUUCCGAUUUUGGGUCCUUGGUACCGGGCUAGCGACUUUUGGAUCUGUUCUAUCUGAGAUUUAUUUUUGGAAACCCCAGAAUGCUACAGUGUCGGCCUUAUUUCAACUCAUUAUAUCUUACAUUCUGGGUAAUGCAAUGCAUUAUGCUAUGCCUUCGACAGGGAUUUGGCGCCAUCUCAAUCCUGGGCCGUUCAACAUCAAGGAGCAUACAUGCAUCACCAUUAUGGCAUCUACUGCGUCAACUACAGCUACUGCUAUUGGUAUCAUAGCAACACUUGAUUUGUUUUACGGCGUGACCUUGAAUCCUGGAGCAGCAAUCUUCCAAACAUUCGCAUCGCAGUCGAUUGGAUAUGGUUUUGCAGGGCUUUUAAGAACCCUCCUCGUAUGGCCAACUUACGCACUGUAUCCGAACCAACUCCCGUCAAUUUCUCUUCUGCAAUCCAUGCACUUUGGUGGUUUACUCAACAGCAAGAAAAUGAAGUACUUCUGGAUUGUCUUUUGGGCCAUCUUUUGUUGGGAAAUCAUUCCGACUUGGAUGUUCCCUCUUCUAACGGCGUUCUCUAUUAUUUGCCUGGCUGAUAAUGGUCGCUCGGCUGUUAUUCGCAACAUCUUUGGUGGGGGAGGGUCCAAUGAAGGUUUAGGUCUGCUGUCAUUCAGUUUCGACUGGAGCUUGAUCACACAAGCGUAUCCUUUGUAUUGGCCUCUGCAGACUCAAGUCUCUUCCUGGAUUGGGCUAGCUUUUGGUUAUGCUCUGAUGACCGGAUGCUAUUAUACAGACGUGUUCCAGGGGUAUUCGAGGGGGUUACCGUUCAUGUCAACUGCGCUGUUCACUGGUAAUGGCUCAUCGUACAACCAAUCCGCGAUCCUUACCCCCGACAAUACACUCGACCCGGCAAAGUAUGCUGAAGUUGGACCCCCGUUCAUGACAACAACCUACGCAGUUUCUACCCUUAUGAGCUAUGCUUCCAUGGGAGCAGCAUUUUCCCACAUACUUUUGUGGCACUGGAGAGAGCUAUGGGGAGCUUUCAAAGGCUUCAACUUCCUGAAAUCAGAGCAGGAAUUUGACGAUGUUCACUUUCAGCGAAUGAAAGUCUAUAAAGAGGUUCCACAAUGGUGGUACGGUUCUGUUUUCAUCCUAUCAUUAGGCCUAGCGAUUGGUAUGGCGUACGUUGGCAUCAACACCCUUCCAUGGUGGUCUCUCAUCGUUUUUACCAUCCUCUCAUUCAUUAUCGCCGUCAUCCUUGGUUUCAUAUAUGCUGUGACAGGAUUCCAGAUCCCCACCGGAGGUUUUGUACAAGUCAUUGCUGCAUACGUUCACCCUCAACAACCAGUUCAGAACAUGUAUGCAAAGUUGUACGGUUACAACACUGCUUAUCAGACAUUUGCCAUGCUCUCCGAUUUGAAGCUAGGACAAUAUGCAAAGGUACCGCCCAGAGCUACUUUUGUUGCGCAAAUCAGCGGCACGAUUCUUGGGGCCAUUUUCAAUUAUGUCCUCUAUAAGUCCAUCGUAGACGCGCACAGAGCUGUUUUGAUAAACCCGAUUGGAACGCGUAUAUGGUCAGGGUGGGGGUCACAGGAGAUCAACUCAGCAGCAAUUACAUGGGGCGCUCUGAGUGCAGAGCUAUACGGCCCAGGUAAAACCUACUUUCAGCUUCCUCUCGGACUUCUAUACGGGUUCCUCGCUCCCUUCUUGCUCUAUGCUAUGCACCGCUUAUUCCCAAGACAACGGAUCUGGUCCUACCUUAACAUGCCGAUUAUAUUUACGUAUCUUGGUUGGCUUCCAUACUCAGUUAAUGGGAUGUGGUGGCCAGGGUUCAUCAUCGGGUUGUAUACGCAAUGGUGGGUCAGGACUAGGAAGCCAAGAUGGUACAUUAAAUACAACUAUCUGACCUCCGCCGCUCUGGACGGAGGUACGUCCAUCAUUUACUUCAUCCUUAAUUUUGCGGUGUUCGGGGCAAGCGGAAAUGCCAUAAGCUUCCCUACGUGGUGGGGAAAUCCGGAUCCGAGCGUUAUUAGUGUCGACCAUUGUAUGGCCACUAGUUCAUGACGUGGUCACCUGUGAUCGGCUUCCUCUCCCCUGACGAAGUGUAUUUGAUAGCGGCUUGGUUGAAAUGCAAGAGGUUCAUGUAUUUGAGAUCUCUUAACUACUAUCCCAAUUCAAUGCUGGGGAGGAGACAUGUCGCACUUAUUAUGAGGUUGUUAUGAGAUUUGCAACCAUCCGUUUCCCGCUGCAGGUGGGAGAUGUUUAAACUAAUCCGGCCAAGUUUCUUGUGAGACAAUUUUGACGACAUCAGAAAAUAUCAUGCGUAUGUCGACUACGUGAGAGGUGCGGUUGGGUAGGAACGACUAGAGAUUAAUCAUCCUCGUGAAGUUCCUUCCAAACCUGUUCAGUUUUCAAACGUUGCUCUUUGGCCUGGGUGCGGUUACGAGUCGAGCGCUCGACGCGCUAAGCCAAG